AUUCGGACAUUGAGAUUGAGAUACUCUCUACAAGUCGAGUCAGUCAUCGAUCGCAUGAGUCACAUCCUGCAGCCAAGUCGCAUUGAGUCACAACCUCAGAAUCCCAGUCGCAUUGGUUCCUGACAGCUAUAAAAUCUCCGUUCGAUCCCCGGAUAUCAACAUGGCUUCCUCAGUCCUGAGCUUCGUGCCAUGUCGGCAGGCGACGGUCCCCGUCUUUCUCGCCCCAGCUUUUGCGAGACCUACCACCGUUGCAGCGACAAUUUCAUUCUCCAGAUCCUACGCUAGCAAGCCGAAGAAAGAGGAGAACAGACCACAGUCCCUUGCGCAACGGCCGCGAAAGGAUGCGAACAAGCAGAGAGGUGUCUCCGCCAUCCGACGAACUGGUCCCAGAGUAACACAGGGCCUAUGGCAAUACCCUCUUCCCGUCCCUGUCGCAAGGGACCACAGAGGCACCUCUCCGGAGUACCAAGGCUCAGAGGACCAUGGGCUAUGGGGUUUCUUUAGCAAGGACAAAAGACCAAUACUCCCACCCGAAGAAGAGUCAAGCCAUGGCCGGGCUUGGACUUAUCAGGAACUAUCCAUAAAAUCCUUCGAUGAUCUACACAGGUUGUACUGGGUGUGUGUGAAAGAACAGAACCGAGUCAUGACCCGGGAGAAAGAGCGAUUGCGCGUAAGAGCAGGUUACGGUGGACAAGAGCACGAGGACAGACUCACAGUGGUUCAAGGUACCAUGAAGAAGAUCCGGGAAGUACUGGCCGAUCGACAUCUCUCUCGCGACCAAGCCUAUCGAUUGAUCAGCCAAAAGUAUCUGAGGGACAUCUUCCCGAGUCCAGCAGCGUCGGAGGAGGAGCACUUGGAACCUGUUGACCCGGCCGCACCUGUCGACAACGAUCGCCUACAAGAAAUCCAGAUAUCGCGGUCCUAGGUCAUUGUAUAUGGGCAUGUGCCGGUCGCCCUGUCGGGGACCUUGCAUGCUGGCGCAACGGGAUUGCUAGCAGAAAUCUGUAA